GAACGUUGCGAGAAGAUUUGCCAAAAGACAGGAAACUGUCGUAUUUGGUGGCGGUAGUUUCCGCCGAACCGAGCCAUUGACGAAAAAAGGUGGUUGUGUAAAUCCCCCCCGUGCCCUAUCCCUCCCCUCCCUGCUAGGUGAGAGCAAACUUUGGCCCGAGUUUGACUCACCAAGCAGCGGAUUCCCGUCAGGAAGUGGGCUACGGCUAUGGGCUGCGUGUCAUUCUUGAUGGCACGCAGAACAAGGAUGUACUUCAUCCAGUUCGCUUCGCUCUCUCCACUGCAGCAUUUGAAGAUGAUGCGGUUUUUGCUCCUGUGUCUGCUGCUGCCAACCGCCACUGUAUUUUCUGAUGAGAUUGAAGGAUCAGCUGCCGAUGUGCAGGACGAUGAGGAUCUGUUUGAGGGAGAUGAGAUGACUGAAGACCAGGACAAAAAUGAUCUAGACACAUUUGUGGAUAAAACCAAAGGUGCAGAGGACAAUACAGAUCAGUACACUCUGAUUGUCGUCAUUGUUGCAGUGAGUGUGGUGACUCUCUCAGUUGCAGCCAUUGUCGCUGUAAUGUUGGUCAGACGCCGCAUGCACAAACAACAGCAAGGGAUUUACUCUGUACCUACCGAGCAGGACCAGAAAGGGGCAGUCUAGUUCCUGGGAAAGAAGCUCAUAUGGAAGAGCGUCUCACAAGGCAAUCUCAUCUCACCGCGAGGAUUAUGCUUCUUUAAUAGCUCCGUGUAUUGCUCCUCCAAAACCUAUCAAUCCAUAAGUAAUGUUGUUAUAUACUUUCUUUUUCUUUGUCUCUGCUGUUUGCACCCAACAAAGACCCAAUUUGGGGAUAUUCGGAAUACGUUCAGACCUUCUAAUUGGAUUCUAUUUUAGGAAUCUAAAUCAAAAGCCCAUAAAUAUGGCUUAAUGCUUUUCUUUUAAAAGGAUUUUUUUUUUUUGGACUGCCAGAACUCCCCCUGGUGUUUUAUUAGCAAAAAUAAGCUCCGCAGUGAAAGAAUGUUUAAUUUGGUGCACGUGGCGUAGACUUAUCCAUGUGAAAUGGUCGUUGACUGAGACUAAACAUGCUAAUCCAAACUAAGCCAGCCAAGAGGGGCCACACUUGCGUCUCUGGGUCGCUUGACUGACAUUUUAUGUUCCUGGCCCAUUAAGACCGACAGCAGGCUGCGCAAUAGAAGAUGGAAAAAAUAAAAAAAUAUAUAUAUAUCCAUCCCUCCCUUUUAUUCUCAUCAGCCACUGGAAACUGUCAGGUUAAACACUCGCUCUCAAGGCGGCAAAUUAAUCGACGGUCGUGAAUGAGGAUGUUUCCUUUCCCCUUUCUGUUUUGGAAACUUCUCCCGGCAAUCUACCGUUUGCACAGCUUGUAAAUAGCCGCGCGACCGCCGAGGUGGCAGGUUAAUGGCUCGCAUUCGUUGGAGGAGAAGGCCGGGUGUGAAAAUCUCAUGAAUCAAAUAAAGCCUAAUGGACGAUCGGGGAACACAGCAACAAUACCACAAUUCCGUCCGCGCAAGAGCGAGAUGUUUUCCCCGCUGUGGUUUGAGCAGAAAUCAAUCAUUCCCUGCGAGGCAAAGCUUUCAUUUCGACAACACCGGCCGUUGGUUAUUUGGGGGAGGGAGACUCUUUGGAGCAAAGAUUGAAUUGGAAGGGGGCGCUCCUUUUCACUUUCAACUUGCCGUCUAAUGAGAAGGUUCUCCGAGAAAAAGGUAACACGAAAUCAAACUGUGCAUUCGGAAACCAAUAAGAUGCCACCUUACGUUUUCAUUACGGAUUGCAACACUUCCUAGCGCUGUCGACUUUUCAAAGGGACAAUGGAAUGAAACACUAUAUGGAAUAUUUCAGUUUGGCAUCCAAAUACCUACAUAACCUUUUUGAAUCAUUUCUAAACACUUGUACAGAAGUCUAAAAAGCAACACAUUUGGCGCAACUCCCAUCAUUCAGGAUGUAUCUGGUGUUUGUUUUGACCUGGCAGGACCUGAGCUUUGUCAAAUAUUGUCGCUUUUAAAUAUUCAAAGCAUCUGUUUGGGUGUGAGUUAUUUACUAAUGUGAUUGUAAAAUAUUAGUUUUGUAUGUGGGACGUAACUGUAAAUGUCCAUGUUUAUACGUGCCUUUUUGUAUGAUUCAAUUCUUUUUUCAAUGUUUUUUUUUUCUUCAAGUAACUAAAGCAUGCAAUGUUAUAAAUGACACGAUUUAAUAAAGGAUUUGGAAACAUUA